UCUUUAAGUCAGUCGAGGCUAUGCAGAACUGAUUUACUCAGUAUCUCCUUCUGCAUGCUGGAUGUCCACCUCGUUUGCUGGUGCACUGCGAUCCGUGUAUUCGCAGGCUCGUGCUCGGUGGUACUGACCCCUUUCUGGUAAUGGGUGGAGAAGUUUCACGAAGAGAGAUGGGGAAAAUGUACAUCGUGUUUGGGUUAUUGGCUGUCUCUGUUCUGCCGUAUACAUCUGCACAAAAUACAUACGACAUCUACCCCAUUUCUCUCUCUCGUAACUCGGAAACCGAAAUAUCGUCCCCUAACUAUCCGAGCAACUACGGCGACAACCUCAACAUCCUAUGGCGGGUACAGGCACCCAAGAACUCCGGAGUUGUCGCCACUUUCAACGAUGUUUCCCUCGAAUAUUACUAUGAUAACCUCAUCGUCGGUUUCGGAUCUGGUCCCGAUGGUCCCGGAUCUGGCGUACUGGCCCGGUUUACUGGUACAAAUUUCACGUCUGAAGUAAGAUCACCUGGUGAUACCAUGUGGAUUUUAUUUACCAGUGAUGUCUCAAAAACAAAUCGAGGAUUCGAGGCGCGUCUGACUGCUGUGGAUCUACCAGUGUGCCAAGGUGAUGAGUUUCAAUGCAGAAGCGGGCUAUGCAUUUCUCCCGCGCAAAUAUGCGACGGCUUCAACGACUGUCUGGACUUCUCAGACGAAGAUUCAUGUCCGAUUUGUGAGCCAGUACAACUAGAGGUUUGCCGGGAGAAACUGGCUUACAACACCACCCUAUUCCCACAUCGCUUGGCACUAAACGCACAGGACGCAGAGAGAAACUUUACAGAAAUAGUAUCCAGCAUUUCGUCCUGUCAUGACAAUCUCUUGAGCCUGACUUGCAACCUACUGUAUCCAGAAUGCACCCAUAACGGCCCCGCCCAAAGGGUGUGCUACUCGGAUUGUGUCGCCAUCACUGACGCCUGCCAAGACCCCUUCGAGCAGUCCCUCAACCGUCCCUGGCCCUUUGAAUGUUCUCAGUUGACAGACGACUAUGCUGGUGAAGGAAUGUGUUUUGCUGCAGAAGGCGAUCUGCUUGAUACCAGUAUCUGCGGGACACGCCCUGCCUACUCGCUGGGCCAAUCCAGAGUUGUUGGGGGUAUCAAUGCACGCCCAGGGGAAUUCCCUUGGAUUGGAUCUUUGAGGGUAGACGAGGGGUCCGAUAGAGGUACUUUCGCAUGCGGGGCUACCUUGAUUAGCUCACAAUGGGUGCUCACGGCUGCCCAUUGCGUACAAUACUACCUUGAUCGGGUGAUCUUUGGAAUACUUCGGCUGUCAGGUGAGUCCGAGUACGAAGUGAAUGCCGAAGUGGCCGAUAUCAUCAUCCAUCCCGACUACGACGGCGAGACCUUGGACGCGGACAUCGCUCUACUGCGUCUGACUGAGCCGGUGUCUUUCACUGAUUACGUUAGGCCAGCAUGUCUAGCCUCAUCGUCAAAUGAACUGAGUGAUUAUCGUCGAUGCCUCGUUGCUGGUUGGGGGGCUAUCUCUGAAGGGGGAGAUCCUUCGGAGACUUUACAAAAAGCGGUGGUUAACCUUCUGGACCAAGAAAGGUGCAAUUCCGACGUUUCUUACAACGGUACACUGACGGAUAACAUGAUAUGUGCUGGGUACGAACGAGGAAUAAUUGAUACCUGUCAGGGCGACAGCGGUGGGCCUUUGACCUGUGAGGGCGAUGACGGUCGAUGGCAUCUUGUCGGAGCAACAAGCUUUGGAGAUGGAUGCGCAAGACCACUCUUCCCGGGUGUCUAUACCCGAAUCUCACAGUUCCAAGAUUUUAUUACAGCUGUGGUUUCGAAUGCAUACUCACCGGGGAUAUACGAAGUUGACCUUGACAACGGCGUUCCCACAUCCAUCGCGUCUCCGAACUACCCGAUGAACUACGACACCAAUGACGUCAUCGUCUGGAAGAUAUCGGCCCCAGUCGGCCGCAGCGUAAGGCUGGACGUCGUUGAACUUUUCCUAGAGAGCAACUACGAUUAUCUGUACGUGGGCGAUGGACUGUUUCCUCAAAGUUCUACCGAGUUGGCGAGAAUGACGAGUUAUGUCGUCAGCAGGUCUGUGACGUCACUUGGACGUCACAUGUGGAUGAGGUUUGUCAGUGACUACUUAUAUACUGACGCCGGGUUUGAGGUUGAAGUGAACUCCGUGGAUCCAAUAGAUGAUAAUCCAGUCAUAUCCGUCAUGGCCAACAUGCAUACCAACACGGUACAGAUCUCUUCCCCCAAUUACCCUGCCAACUACCCUGCCAACUUUUACGACAUCUGGCGAAUCGUUGCCCCGACCAAUUACACGGUCCUGGCCCUGAUCUUUGAUAUUGAUCUCGGAUCCGAGGAUGGUACCCUGAUCGAGAUAGGCUACGGGACCAGUCCUCACUGGCAAACGAUCCUGCAACCCGUCAUGCAUUCGCUCACCGCUGAUGACGACAUUGUGGGGUUCGUCGUCUCACCGAUCAACUCCCUCUGGAUAAGAUUCCAAACAGGGAAUCAGACAAGCGGAAGGGGUUUCGCCAUGUAUGCACUCGCUGAACGAAUAGCAGAUCUAAAUGAAUGCGAGAGAGAUCCUUGUCGAAAUGGAGGCACUUGCAUGGACCUCAUAGAUGGUUACCAAUGUAGUUGCCUGGAUGGAUACAAAGGAAAGGAUUGUACUCAAGAUAACGAUGAAUGUCGGUAUGAGAACCCCUGCUACAAUGGAGGAUCCUGUAACAAUGAUUUUGGAAAUUUCUCUUGCGAGUGUCCCGAAGGGUACACGGGAUCACUGUGUGAGAUUAACAUUGAUACCAGCAUCACUGUGAUAAGACUUGAAGGGAACGAAACCACCGUCAUAUCUUCACCCGGCUAUCCAUCCUACUACGACUCGAACCUCGACCACACUUGGUUAAUCAUGACUCCAGAGGGUCACAUCCUCCAGGUACAGAUCCUAGACCUGGCCCUAGAGACGGACUACGACUACUUGGACAUUGGUUACGGGCCUGGUCCCAAUGAACCUGGUUCUUGGGAGCUUCAGAAACUGACUGGGUAUAACUAUUCCAGUGAACCCGCUACACCCGGUCACUCUAUGUGGAUCAGGUUUACCACGGAUGUCUCAAGGGGCGAUAUCGGCUUCAGUCUUCGUGUCACAGCUAUACUAAACCCUGGAUGCAGCAGCGGACAAAUCCAAUGUUCAAGUGGAUUGUGUAUCAGCGAAUCGGCAAGGUGUGACGGAAAUAAUGACUGUCUCGAUUUCUCAGAUGAGGAAUACUGUCCGUACUGCGAACAAGUUCAAUUUGACAUAUGUAGACAGAACCUGGCCUACAAUUUGACGUUUUUCCCGAAUCGGAACGCAGAGACAGCGGACGCUGCGGCGGGAAACUUUACAGAAAUUGAAGCUGCUAUAUCAUCGUGCCAUGAUCACCUGUUCCCUUUCAUGUGCUCCGUUUACUAUCCGGAAUGCACCCAUAAUGGCCCCACCCAUCGGUUGUGCUACUCCGACUGUUUGGCAGUCACUGAUGCCUGCAAGGCAUCCUUUGAGCAACUCCUCGACCGUCCUUGGCCCGUCAACUGCUCCACGUUGAACGAUGAACAGGAGGAAGAUGGGAGCUGUUUUGGCCCUGCGGGAGAUCUUUUCGAUACCAACAUAUGCGGGACACGCCCUGCAUACGCCCCAGACCAAUCCAGGGUUGUUGGUGGUAUCAACGCACGCCCAGGGGAAUUCCCUUGGAUUGGUUCACUCCGCAUCGAAGGAUUGGACUUUGGAGGACAUUUGUGUGGGUCUACAUUGAUCAACUCUCAGUGGGUUCUUACCGCAGCUCACUGCGUUUAUUACUACGUCGAUCGUGUGGUUUUUGGGAACGCACAUUUGACAGAUGACUCCGACAACGAGGUAUCUGUCGAGAUGGCUGAUAUUUUCGUCCAUCCCGAGUACGACCCCUAUUUCCUCCUCAACGACAUCGCUCUGAUACGCCUUGCUGAACCGGUGACAUUCAGUGACUACGUUAGACCCGCGUGUCUGGCGGAAUCCUCGGAUGAACUCAAGGACUAUCGUCGCUGUCUCGUUGCUGGAUGGGGAGCUACACAGGAAGGCUCACCGUUGACAGUGAGCUUAAAGAAAGCAGUGGUGAACCUCCUUCAUCGAGACUCGUGCAAUUCUGAACUUUCCUACAACGGGAAUGUGACAGAAGAAAUGAUUUGUGCUGGAUAUGAACAGGGCGGCAUUGAUACUUGUCAGGGAGACAGCGGUGGGCCUUUGACCUGUGAGGGUGAUGAUGGUCGAUGGCAUCUGGUAGGAGCAACAAGCUUUGGAUAUGGAUGUGCAAGACCACUCUUCCCGGGUGUCUAUACCCGAAUCUCACAGUUCCAGCCAUUUAUUACAGCUGUGGUUUCAGGAGCAAUAACACCAGGUAUUAAUGAAAUCACCCUUGAGCGUGCCGUCCCAGUGACCAUCACUUCUCCAAACUACCCUUCUGACUACAACAUCGGUGAUAACAUCGUCUGGCAAGUAUCGGCUCCUGUCAACCACAGCGUCAGGCUGGACAUCGUCGACUUCGCUACCGAAUUAGACUUCGACAUCUUGUUUGUGGGCGAUGGACUGACGCCACUGAGUUACACAGAGCUUGCGAGGCUCACGGGCUAUGGGUUAAGGUCAACUGUGACGUCACAUGGCCGCCAUAUGUGGCUCAAAUUCUCCAGUAGUUACGAACUUACUGACGUUGGAUUCAUGGCAACACUGAACGCUGUGGAUCCGAGAGAUGAUAAUCCUCUAAUCUUGGUGGACGAGUCUACGGUCCAACAGCUCCGCUCACCAGACAUACCUCUUGAUGCAAGCGACAGCGUGCACGAGAUUUGGCGGAUAAUGGCUCCUCGGGAUCACAGCGUGAGGGCGCGUUUCGACUUCUUCAACCUCACCGAAUCUUCUUCGCUCACCGUGGGCUACGGCUCGAGUCCUAUAAGAUUCACAAUCCUAGUGGAGUUGACUGGAAGUGAAUUGCCUGAAGAUAUUACCUCCCCCACUCGAGAAUUGUGGUUUAGAUUUGUGUCGGAUACUGGGGACUCCAGUAGAAGGAAACGAAGAGAGGCGUGUUCGCUUAUGGGAAGUGGAUUCUUGGUGAACCUAACAGCAGAAAGGACCGAAGAUAUCAACGAGUGCCUGAGUAACCCUUGUGAGAAUGGAGGCACGUGUUCAGACAUCGAUGGAGGUUACCAGUGCUUCUGUCCCGAAGGCUUCAAAGGGGAUUACUGUCAAACAGAUGAGUAUGAGUGUCAGAGCAAUCCGUGCCAAAACAAUGCUACCUGCGAAGAUGGAAUAAACACUUUUACUUGCCAAUGCCCGAAUGGUUUCACUGGACUGUAUUGCGAGACUAUCUUUGAUGUAUGUUUUGGAGAUCCCUGUAUGAAUGGUGCUACGUGCAUGGAAGUAGGGCAAGGAUAUCAAUGCCAGUGUGCCUCUGGUUUUACAGGUUCACGUUGCGAAACAGAUGUAUGUAUUGGAGAUCCCUGUAUGAAUGGUGCUACAUGCAUGGAAGAAGGGCAAGGUUAUCAAUGUCAGUGUGCCUCUGGUUUUACAGGUUCACGUUGCGAAACAGAAUUUGCAUGCGGCAGCAAUCCCUGCCUAAAUGGAGGGUCUUGUAUACAGAGCGGGUCCGUGUAUGCGUGUCGCUGUGCCACAGGCUAUACCGGACAGAACUGUGAAAGUGUAGUGAUAGAUCCUUGUCAGAGUAACCCCUGCGAUGGUGCGGCUAUGUGUGAAGUAUACGGGGGCAGUUAUAGAUGUGUGUGCAGACAGGGCUUUACAUGGUACAACUGUGAAAUUGAUGUGAACGAGUGUUCAAGCCUUCCUUGUCAGAAUGGAGGGCGCUGUAUUAACGGUCAGGGCCGGUACACCUGCACAUGCCGUCUAGGAUAUUCCGGCCUGAACUGCGAAAAAGUUGGUUACUGUGAUUUAGACGGGGAGUGGUACAAUGAUUGCAAUGACAAGAUAACCAUCGCGAAAACAUCAACCGGUCUUCUUCUUGGAGAUUAUAUGACCAAUGAAGAGAUCCUUCUUGGCUCCUCAGCGCCCACAGUUGUGGUGGGUUACGCCAACCAGAACAAGGACUUCCCUACCUUCGGGUUCUUGGUAGGUAGGGACAAUGGGUUAUCAACUACCAGCUGGUCCGGUCAGUGUCACUUUUGUGACGGGGAAGAAGUCCUGUAUACGACCUGGACCAACACCCGCCAAGUCAACACGUGUUUCGAAAACAAACGAUCGACACGGUUGGGACAAGAUAAAUGGACUCGAUACCCUCAGGACAUAGCACCACGAAGAGACAUCUAGACAAGAAUAUAAUCAUUCAGUAAAACAGUGGUGAAGCGGGGGCCUCUGGCAUUACUGGGAUGGGCAUCAGUUUUAUUUGAUGGAUGACGUGUAUUAAAUCUUCGAGGCUACAUAGGAGAGGGAAAUGAGGCAAUAGUCUUUAUAUCUUCUUUUGACUUUCCCUUUCCCCUUCUCCUUUUCUUUCUUUUUUCCGUCGUGUCCCCUGUAUCUUCACCAUAGAACAGAUUUGUUCGUCAAAGUCAUGAAAAUGAUAUAGAAUACGGGAAAAUCGAUAUAUGUAUAUAUAUAUUUGAAACCUCACUACUUUCGAAUAUUUGCCAUGUGACAAUGUGGCUGAUAUCUGAUUGGCUCAAAGUACUCAACCAUAACUUGAUCAAACUUGUUCACGAUUGAUGUUAUUAUUGAUAUUAAUUAUAACAUAUCAAACUAAUUUCCCAAAAUCACAUGAACUACAAUGAUGAAACUUGGUCAGGUUUUUUUCUUCAAUACUGACAUUAAUACAAUAUAUUGCUUUUUCUAUUACGGUAAUAGGGUUUAAUCCCCUCAAAAUUACGCCAAUUUGUCAAAACAUCUGGAAUUUUAUAGAAAAUAUACGAGAUAAUACCGAUAUUAAAUUCCAGAUGUUUUGACAUUCCCCUAUUAAAGAAAGUAUAUGUCUAUAUCUUUAAGAUAAAAUAAAUAACAUAAAAUAAUGAUAUAUUCCAGUGUUUACUAUACGCCCCUAAUUUUGUAGCACCAGUCGUUUCAAAACGCGUCAAGAUUACUUUUUCUUUUUUGUUUGUUUGUAUUUUAUAAUAUAGAAAGUGUAUUUUAAAUGUUUCAAUUUUUUGGUGAUAGAGAAAAUGUUAUAAUAUAUAUAACAAUAAUAUUAUUAAAUGUUGUCUAAUGCAUUUGUGUUGCACUCGUUGUUUUGUGUUUAUGUUAACAUCAGGAGAGUUUUAUAUCAAUACUUGGAGAAUUAGAUUUUUAUAUCUAUACUUGGAGAAUUAGAUUUUUAUAACUCUGAAAUUAGAGUGGGGUGAAUGUACACUCUCUCCUUUAACAUUUUAAUGUGUAUAGUGGUUCAUGUCCUUAACUUUCAAUCGGGAGUUAGAGGGUUCGAAUCUUUGUGGAUGCGUACAAUGUGCCCUCGGACUAGGUAUUUGAUCAACACUUGUCUCUCUCGACUUUACUAUGAACAUGUCGUUUUUUUUUGUUUUUUUUUACGAAGGUUCAUAUUUCACAAUGCUCGUUAUUCCGAAAAUUCUUCACGAAGGUUCGUUAUUCCUAAGGUUCGUUGCUCCAAAAUUUCGUAAUUCUGCAAAAGAAAGAGAGCACACGAUUCUGAAGGUUCAUAAUUCAGAAAAGGCAAUAUAAGUAUGGAACUAAAUGUAAUUUGUUUUCAGAAUUACGAACCUUUGGAAUCAUGAACCCUAUAUAUUUAAUUUUCGGAAUUAUCAACCUUGUUUCAUUUUCACAAUUAUAGCUAAUGUCGGGAUACUUAUACAAGGUAGUUUUCUAAGUACUUGGAAGCGUACCCGGAAGCGCAUAGAAACGGAAUAUCGUAAUGUGAUAUGCGCCAUACAAAACUUAACAAUGUAUUGUCUUUGAUUUGAUAUUUUACUUAGUUAUGCCUUUGCAAUUGUACUUGUUGAAUACUACUUGUCUUUUUUUCUGUGAAAAAAUAAAAACAAAUAUUAACAGCUGA